UAAGAAAUUGCCACCAUGAGGAUUCGAGCGCAAAUUCCCUUGAUAUUUAGCUGUAUUUUUGUCUCUUUCUUUCUAGUUUUGUUUUGUUGUGGGGCAAAGUUGGUCAGCUCUUGCACCCAAGACGAAUUUGACGAACAGGCUAAGGCCUGCUUGAUGAAUGAGUUUUUUAAAAGCAUCAAGGAAAAACCCAAGCAAGACUGCAGUGCAGCAUACACUUCCAUGGUAAACUGCAUCAAUAGUGUUUUUUAUGGAUGCAAGAACAGCACAGACCCGAAAACCCUGACAGAAAUUGCCUCCAGAGCGCGAGCAGUCAUUGGCUCGGAAGAUUAUUUCUGCAAAGACGGCAUGUUAAAUUCCUUCAAGGGAGUCAACCUGCAGUCCGACUGCCGGAAAAAAGCAACGAAAAAAGUGAGGAACUGUGCUGCUUCCUUACACAAGGAAUUUAGCGAAGACAAGGCAAGCCCUUCCCUAUGCAGGAAAUACACGAAAGCCAAGAGCUGCGUCAAAAAAGUUCUUGAAAAAUUCUGCAGCAAAACAGAGGGAACACGGUAUAUUUUAAAGAUAUUCCAAGACCCGUUCAAUCCUUACUGUCCCGGAAGCGUCGACAGACGGAAGUCAUCAGUUCCGCGGAGCGCCCCAAAUCCUUUUGGAACAUGUUCAGUGCGGGAAUAUUUCAUUCUCACUAGAGUCUGCAUGCGACGCUUUAUACAGACACUGCAAGAAAAUCCCAAGAAGCCUUGCAGAGCGGUGUUCACUACAAAGCUUCAUAACUGCGCAAAAGAAAUGGCACUUCACUGUAGCAAAAAUGAAUCAAGCUACGUCAAGCAAAGCAUUGAAAGAUCAUUCGCUCGCAAACGAGCUUUUCAACAACUCAAAUUCUGCGACGGCAUCAACUUUCAGCUGUCUUACCCAUCACUGAAAGACAACAAUUGUAAGGAGACCUUCUUGUUGGAGAAACAUAAAUGCGAGAAAGACUACGUCAAGUCUUAUAAAACGAAUAAAGCAGACAAGACUUUAUGCCGGAAAUACGCAGAAGCCAAACGUUGCGCCAAAAAUGCAACUCUUACCCUUUGCAAGAACACGCCACAACUUCGCGAUGAGGUUAACUUUCUUUACGAUAGAUUUAACCCCUUCUGUGUUUAUUUAUCCGACCCACCGGCCAGGCCUGGGGAACGUUUACCGCGCGAGUCUGGGACUCGGCGUCCUCCCAAAGCCAGCACUGUACCCUUUAUAAGAAGACGUGACAGCAUCUCCAGUGCAUCUCAGUCAAUCACUGCUAAAUUCUUUAGUUUUGUUGCGCCCUUGUGCCUUCUCUUUUCAUUCUUUUAGAAUUUUUGGUUCCUUGAAGACUAUGAAUAGAGACAAGAUUACCAUAGUACUGUUAAGAAAACAGAGAUAAUCCUAAAGUUCCAUGGAAUUGUCAGAGAAUUCUUUGAUAGAAAUGUGUUUUGACAAAGAAUAAGAACUUUAUUGAAUAACCGGAAGUACACUAAUUUGUAGUGAAGUAAAGUUCUAGCAGAGCUAGAUCAUAUUAGUUUACACAUGUUCCGUUGGUUUCAAUGACAAACAUUAAUUUUAAUACAUAUACAGUUAUUAUGCUUUAAGUUAUAUGGUUUAAGCAGGUGUUAUUUGCCUACUUGAUUAGUAACAAAUGAGAUCAGUACUGUACUGUUCUAAGUUAAACUGAAAACUAUUUAAUUUUAUUUGUGAAUAGACCACACAGAACAUAAUUUUAUAUGCCGGUUACGAACAAUAUGCUAGUUCAGUAAGUAGACGUUUCUUCCAUUACGUUGUAAGAUCAGGGAACGCGGAGGGGGAGGGGCUAGUAGGGCUGUAGCCCUACCACUUUUAAUGCUGGUAUUUAUUUUCUAGGGCUCCUGAUGGCGUGCAAAUGCAAGAUAAUUGGAGAAACACUACUGACUUUAACGUUUAGAUGUAUUGGCCAGAUUUUUUUUAGCCCUACAACUUUAAAAUGGUCUCCG